UGUGGUCGCUCCUCCGAGCAUUUCUCCAUGAGGAGGGGCUUUCUCUGUUUUGGAAGCGGACUGAUGACUACGGAAUAUAACACUGCUACAAUACAUUUAAAUAUAUUUAUUUGAGGAAUGCAUUUCAUGGAAAAUAGCUUUUUCCCACUUUGCUGCAAGAAUAUUAUGAAAUGCAAUUUUCUCCCAGUGGUUUUGGAGAGAAAAAACUGAUGAAAUGGCACGUUCACUGAUUCGCAUGGGUCUCGCUGUGGGUUUGUUAGGGAUUCUGAUGCCCAGUCUUCAUACUGGACAAGCUGAGCCUUAUUUGGGGGAAGAUAAGAGGUCUUGUCAAGGCGCUUUCGACUUGUAUUUUGUCCUCGACAAAUCAGGAAGUGUCAAACAUCACUGGAUUGAAAUUUACUCCUUUGUGGAGCAUCUUGCAGAGAAAUUUAUAAGCCCAAUGUUACGGAUGUCCUUCAUUGUCUUCUCUACUCGUGGAACCACGAUUAUGAGACUCACUGAGAAUAGGGAUGAUAUUACCAAAGGCCUAAAUAUAUUGAGGAGCGAAACACCAGGGGGUGAUACAUGUAUGAAUCUUGGUUUGGAAAAGGCAAAUGAGCAAAUAUAUCACGGAAAUUAUGGGACAGCCAGUGUCAUCAUAGCACUGACGGACGGGGAGCUAAAUGACUAUCAGUUUGUCACAGCGCAGCAACAGGCGCAGAGGGCUCGGUCUAUGGGAGCCAUCGUAUACUGUGUAGGUGUUAAAGACUUCAACCAGACACAGUUAGCCACAAUUGCAGACACCAUUGAACAUGUAUUCCCUGUAACUGGAGGAUUCCAGGCCCUGGAAGGAAUGAUAGGCUCAAUCAUCAAGAAAUCCUGCAUUGAGAUUUUAGCAGCUGAGCCAUCCAGUGUAUGUGCUGGUGAUUCUUUCCAAGUGGUUGUGAGGGGGAAUGGAUUUUUGCAUGCAAGAGACAUCAACCAGGUUCUGUGCAGCUUCAGAGUCAAUGACUCAGUAACACUGAAUGAAAGGCCUGUCAGUGUUGAAGACACACUCCUCCUUUGCCCUGCACCAAUCAUUAAUGAGGCUGGAAAGGUGAUAUACCUGCAGGUUAGCAUGAAUGAGGGUUUGUCCUACAUCACAAGCUCAGUGCACAUCACCACCACUGAAUGUUUUGAUGGAACCAUCCUGCUCAUCUCAUUACUGGCUGUUUUCCUGUUGUUGGGUCUGGUGCUGAUGUGGUGGUUCUGGCCCCUGUGCUGUACAGUGGUCAUCAUGGAACCGCCCCCACCCCCUCCCCCUGAACCUGAGUCUGAUGAUGAAAAUGGCAUGCCCAAGAAGAAGUGGCCCACAGUAGAUGCAUCCUACUAUGGAGGAAGAGGAGUCGGUGGAAUCAAAAGGAUGGAGGUGCGUUGGGGCAACAGCGGUUCCACUGAGGAAGGAGCCAAACUGGAGAAGCCAAAGAAUGCUGUAGUGAAAAUGCCUGAACAGGAGUAUGAGCCCUAUGAACCCAAACCCAGAAAGCCUGGUGGGCGCAAAGCUGCCCACCAUAGAAAGUGGUACAGUCCUAUUCAGGGGAAACUGGAUGCUUUGUGGGCCCUUUUCCGUCGAGGAUAUGACCAGGUGUCACUCAUGAGACCUCAGCCCGGAGAUCAGGGACGAUGCAUCAACUUUACCCGGGUGAAAGCAGAUGAGCCAAGGUCACCGCCAUGUAACCACCUUCCACCUCCUCCGCCCCCUCCAGAUCAUCGGCCACUAAUGCAGCCGACCAUAUCUCCUCCGCCCAAAAGACCACCAUCCCGUGUACCCUCCAUCAGCCGCUCACCCCCAGGACCUCCACCAGCCAGAGCACCCCCAGGCACACAUGGACCCCCUCCUUCACGACCCCCACCCUGCCCUGGGAACAGGCAUUGAGAACAAUGGAGGGCCAUUACAUCAACCCUAAUAUCUCUUCCUUUAAUACCAGUUUAUGAUAUUUGGUAAAGCCACUGGUUUCCCACAGUUUCAGAUAUGUUGAACAGGUUUGUUGCUAUGCGAAAAGAGUUAUGGACAUUAAUACAUUUUCCAAAUAUGCAAGAUAUGAUUAGGGUGUAAAAUGUACUCUUUUUGGUUUGUUCAUUUGAAAUGAAUGAAAAUGUAAUGUGAUAUGUACUUUCCAUUAACAGAGACAUAGUGAUUAAAAGGGAAUGCAUGAGAUUAUAACAUAAGUAAAAUGAAUGAAUAAGAUUUUAAGGUACUUAAACAUUGUACAUUUGUGCUCAAAAGUUUGCAUACCCUUGGAGAAUUUGUAAUAUGUACCAUUUUUAAAGAAAACAUGAGUGAGCAGGCAAAACACAUUUAUUUCUUAUGGGAUUUCUAUUCAACUGUAGGUUAUAACAGAAUGGCACAAUCAUAAAAAAAACAUGGCAACAAAGAAAAAGUUUAAUGACCCCUGUUCAAAAGUCUACAUACCCUUAGUUCUUAAUACUGUGUAGUGUCCCCUUCAGCAUCAAUGACAGUGUAGUCUUUCAAAAUAGUUGUCUAUGAGGCCCCAAAUUCUUGCAGGUUGUAUAGCUGCCCAUGGCAAAAUUCCUCCCGGUCAUUCAAAGUCUUUGAGAUCUCCCCAGAGUGGCUUGAUUAUAUUAAGGUCAGGAGACUGUGAUGGCCAUUCCAGAACCUUCACCUUUUUCUGCUGUAACCACUGGAGGGUUUUCCUUGCAAAUUGUCUGCCAGUAUUUUAUAAUAACAUGCUGCAUUCAUCUUGCCAUCAAUUUUCACAAGAUUCCCUGUGUCUUUAGAGCUCAAACACCCCCCCAAAACAUCAGUGAGCCACCACUAUGCUUCACAGUGGGGAUGGAAUUAUUUUCACUAUAGGCCUUGUUGACCAUAAAGAUCUAUUUUGGUCUCGUCACUCCAAAUUACUGUGUGCCAGAAGCUGUGAGGCAUGUCACGGUGUUGUCGGACAUAUUGUAACAGGGCAUUUUUGUGGCAUUGGCGCAGUAAAGGCUUCUUUCUGACAACUCGACCAUGCAGGUUUAUUUUUGGUCAUGUAUCGUCAUAUUGUGCUCCUUGAAACAACCACACCAUCUUUAUCCACAGCAGCCUGGAUUUCUCUUGAGGUUACCUGUGGGUUUUUCUUUGUAUCCUGAACAAUUCUUCUGGCAGCUGUGGCUGAAAUCUUUCUUGGUCUACCUGACCUUGGCUUGGUAUCAAGAGAUCCCUGAACUUUCCACUUCUUAAUAAGUUAUUGUACAGUACUGACUGGCAUUUUUAAGGCUUUGGAUAUCUUUUUAUAUCCUUUUCCAUCUUUAUAAAGUUCCAUUACCUUGUUACACAGGUCUUUUGACAGUUCUUUUCUGUUUCUCAUGGCUCAGUAUCUAGUCUGCUCAGUGCAUCCACGUGAGAGCUAACAAACUCAUUGACUAUUUAUACACAGACGCUAAUUGCAAUUUAAAAAGCCACAGGUGUGGGAAAUUAACUUUUAAUUGCCAUUUAAACCUGUGUGUGUGUCACCUUGUGUGUCUGUAACAAGGCCAAACAUUCGAGGGUAUGUAAACGUUUGAUCAGGGCCAUUUGGGUGAUUUCCGUGAUCAUUGGGUGAUGGGGUGAUCAUUAUGAUUUACAAAGGAGCCAAACAACUAUGUGAUAAUAAAUGGCUUCAUAUAAUCACCAUCCUUAAAUAAUAGACAGUUUUAAUGCUUGAUCAUUCAUAUUUUCAAAAUCAAUGCCAAAAUUUCACAAUUUCUGCCAGUGUAUGCAAACUAUUUUAGCACAACUGUAUAUGAAAUGUAGCAUGAUGGUAACAUGUAUGUCUGAAUAGAUGGAUUGCAAUGUUAUUUAAAUAAUGCAAGACAUAUGCAAUGUUCAAGGUUUGAUGGUUUUAGUAUGGAAUACAUAAAGUAUGGUAUACACUAUGCCCUGUUUUAAUUUGUUUUAUAUUUUAAUUUAACUGGUCAAAUCUUUAAAAGAAAGAAAGAAAAUCUGACAUGUUGUGACUGCAGGGCAGCACAAACCACUAAUUUAUUUAGCCUUUAGUACCUGGUAGGCACUUGAAUACAAAAUGGUAGGGUGCACACCAGUGGUACAGGACACUCAGCAUGAUAUUUCAUAUAUUUCCUUCUUUUUUGCUUUGUGGAUCUUGGUAAUUAAUAGCCACUGGUAGUAUGCAUUAAAAAAAUACUUAUGUUGGGCUUUGAAUCUGACUUUAACCGUUAUGUUUGGAAUCUGGGCGAGUUUUCCUGUUGCCUUCAUUAAUAAAUUUUGUUUACAAUAUUUCCCCUUUUGGCUCUGUCAGUUAUGUAAUGAUAUGAGGGAAAAGGCAAUAUUGCCCUGUUAUAUGUAAAUGUAGAAAGUGUAUCAUGAUCUAAAAUUGUUUGAACUUAGGUUGGACAAGCUAUAGAAUUAAAGGCUUAUUG